AUGACAUCAAAACCUGCCAAGAUGCCUGAUUUACCACCUGAGAUGAGCCACGAUAUGUCAGACGAGGCAAACAGUAGUGCUUAUAGCAGUUGUGUAACUUCAGGAAACAACUCACCAACUCAUCCCAAAUAUAUGAAACAAGCAGUAAAAGAGACAUACUACAACUCAGGAAGUGAAACUGGACAAUUGGACCAGGUUUACAAACCUGAUCAUUCAAAGUUUGAAGGUAGGUCAAGACCCCAGAAGAUAAUGCCACCAAACAGGAAUAUAUCUGAUUUCAACCCUCAACACCAAAGUCCAAGCACUAAGAGGCCUGGUCCAGAGCAUCAUCAUGUAAAGGCAAUGUCUGUGUCCACCCCACAUUCAAAGACCCCGAGUCAAGGGAGUUGUGCUAGUUCUCGCAGUAACAGCCUAGAGAGCACAAGUGCGCCCAUUAGGCCACACACUGGGGGUGAUGUGAGGUGGGAAGCUAUCAACAUGAUUUCAAGGUGUGGCUCUAUCAAUCUCAGCCACUUCAGGCUUCUCAAACGCAUUGGUUAUGGAGACAUUGGGAGUGUGUACCUUGUGGAACUCAAAGGAACUAGGACCUACUUUGCCAUGAAAGUCAUGGACAAGGCAGCACUCAUAAGCAGAAACAAGCUUCUGAGGGCACAGACAGAAAGGGAGAUUCUUGGACUCCUUGAUCACCCCUUUCUCCCGACUCUGUAUUCUUACUUUGAAACUGACAAGUUUUACUGCCUGGUAAUGGAGUUUUGUAGUGGAGGCGAUCUUCAUUCUCUUCGACAGAAGCAACCGAACAAGUGUUUCACUGAAGAAGCUGCCAGGUUCUAUGCUUCAGAGGUUUUGCUAGCUCUGGAGUACCUGCACAUGCUUGGCAUUGUAUACAGAGACUUAAAACCAGAAAAUCUUCUAGUCAGAGAUGAAGGGCACAUCAUGCUCUCAGAUUUUGACUUAUCCCUCCGCUGCUCCGUCUGUCCUACACUAGUCAAAUCUUCAUCAGCCCACGCAAGCAACAGUAGUAGUGGCAACCAUGAUUCUAGUGGCAUACUAAAUGAUGACCAAGCAGUGUCAACCACUUCUCAAGCAUCGAGUUUUUUUCCGCGCAUUUUGCCUUCAAAGAAGAACCGUAAGGCAAAAUCAGAUUUUGGCCUAUUGGUUGGUGGUGCACGCCUGCCUGAACUGAUGGCAGAACCGACCAAUGUGAGAUCUAUGUCAUUUGUAGGGACACAUGAGUAUCUGGCUCCCGAGAUUAUCAAAGGAGAGGGUCAUGGUAGUGCAGUGGAUUGGUGGACUUUUGGGAUCUUCUUGUAUGAGCUGUUGCAUGGAACAACCCCUUUCAAGGGUGCAGGGUAUAAAGCCACACUUUUCAAUGUUGUUGGACAACCACUUAGGUUUCCAGAAAAUCCCCAGGUCAGUGCAGUGGCUCGUGACCUUAUUAGGGGAUUGCUGGUGAAAGAGCCUCAGAAGAGAAUUGCAUAUACAAGAGGAGCUACAGAGAUAAAACAACACCCAUUUUUUGAGGGAAUGAACUGGGCUCUAGUUAGAAGUGCCACCCCUCCUCACAUACCAGAUGCUAUAGACUUCUCCAGGUAUGCUAGCAAAGAGACAGCACCCCCAGUCGACAAGAAGAUGGCAGAUAUUGCUAAUGAUAAAAACAGCAAUAAUGAUUCUUACGUAGAUUUUGAGUAUUUUUAG